CAAUAGAAAAACCCCUCUGCAUAGAGCGUGAGCAGUUUUGGUGUCGCCCACAACUGACUCUUCUGGAUUAGUGGAGAUCCGCCGUAGUGUCAACGAUUUUGAGACGCGAAUAAAUUAAACGCCCUUGAGUCAAUUAUGGCGUACGAAAUAAAAACAAUAAUUUGAAGCCCAAAGGUGAUAUGGUUUAUUAUGAACUGAUGAAAUACGCACACCCUGUAAUCAUUCGAUGCCAAUUUGUCGCCCUUCGUGUGUUUCGCUCAAUCGCCCUAACAAUCGUUUCGUGCUCGCUCAUAAAUGGAAUCUAUGUGCUUAUUUGACAAUACAUGCUCAUAUAAUAGUAUAUACACAUAUGGCUUGCGCUCACCGAGAUCGAUUGGCUGGAUUUGAUAUUGAAUAUUAACGGCGACUGUCUACAUUCGGGUAUUUGGUUUCUAAACUACCCGGUACCCACUAUCCACUAGCCACAUUAGCGAUAAGCCCCGAUUCGAAGAGCUUUCGGUUGACAUAUACAACCUGUUCCGUAGUAUGCGAUUGUUGCGACUCCGAGCCACAUUGUACUUAAACAAUAAUAAAUAUUAUUUGAUUUAGACUGGAUUCGGAAAAAAUGGAUAAGAUGUUUUCCAAAAUGUUUGUCAAGCGGGGCUCGAGAGUUAGUACAAUAAAUGACUGGCUACAAAUACAAAUUGGCGGCUCUGAGGAUGUCAAAAAGAAAAAGCCAACAAAUCAGAAUCGUAUUAAGUCCACGAAAUACACAUUGCUCACAUUUCUGCCGCAGAAUCUAUUAGAACAAUUUCGUCGCAUAGCAAAUUUUUAUUUUCUAGUUAUGACGAUAAUAUCACUACUUAUUGAUAGUCCAGUUUCGCCUAUGACGUCGUUGCUGCCUUUAGUUUUUGUGAUUGCUGUGACAGCAGCAAAGCAGGGCUAUGAAGAUAUACUGCGCUAUAGAACUGAUAAUGUCGUUAACCGAUCUCCGGUAACGAUCAUUAAGGAUGGCGCUGAGGCUAUAAUACAGUCACAAAAUGUGGGUCCGGGCGAUCUGAUUGUUGUGGAACGAGACUGUGAUGUGCCCUGCGAUUUGGUAUUGUUGCGAUCAACUGAUCCGCAUGGCAAAUGCUUUAUUACAACCGCUAAUUUGGAUGGGGAGUCAAAUCUGAAGACUUUGCUGGUGCCCAGAGAUUUGCCAACAGUUCCCAUUGACGAGAUGCACAAGCUGGGCGUUAUCGAGUGCGAAAGUCCCGGCACUGAUUUAUAUAGUUUUAAUGGAAAAAUUGAGAUAGCCGGCAGCGAGGGACGCGUAUUGCCCCUCUCGGCAGAGAAUGUGCUGCUCCGUGGAUCGCGUGUGAAGAACACAGAAUGUGUAAUCGGCUGUGCCAUCUACACGGGAAUGACCACCAAGCUGCAGCUGAACAGUCGACUGACUCGCAACAAGACAUCCUCAAGUGAAACCUAUGUGAACAGAUUUUUAAUAUUUAUACUUGUGGCUUUAAUUGCAAUAGUAACUUUACUCUAUUUCCUAAAACGUUACAAUGAACUCUUUGUGAUACCAAAGCUGACCUAUCUGGGACCUGCAGCGGACGGAUAUAGCGUUAAACAGUUUCUGCAGGACUAUCUGUCCUUUCUCAUACUGUUCAACUAUCUAAUACCCAUUUCGCUUUAUGUAACCAUUGAGCUGCAGCGCGUCAUUGGUGGCUUUUUCAUGGAAUGGGAUACAGAGCUAUAUGAGAAGGAGACCGAUCAACAAUGCGUUGUGAAUACAUCGAACUUGAACGAAGAGCUUGGGCAGAUUAAUAUACUUUUCUCUGAUAAAACGGGCACGCUCACCAAGAAUGAAAUGAACUUCCAACAGUGCUCGAUAGCUGGUAAAAAGUUUACCUACAAAAAGACGCGACUGGAAGAUGAUGAGACCAAAGCAUUGAUAGACAUCAACAAAUUCACCAAAGACCAAAAGAUAUUCUUCCAAGCGUUGGCAUUAUGCCACACAGUGCAGGUGGCAACGAGCACGCCGCCGGAGGUUCAGGUUACCAAUAAGAAUGAAAGCAACAAAUCUGGACCAGCGGAACUGUACUCCAUGACUGACAUCACUGAGGAGAGUCACAAUUCCAGCCAACACAGUGAGCUUAAUGUGAGCAACACGAUCGAGGCAUCCGUUUCGGCUCAUCCGAAUGGCGGUAAUGCUCCGACGACCUCAUCGGAUGUGAAUCCCCUGCUGAUUGGUGACGACAGCUACCUCGUAGAGCGACGCAAGCGGCCGCAGGUGGUCAAACGCAGCCCGAACUUUGCCCGAUCCAACAAGGUGCACAUAGUGGCAGCUGGCGAGGUUGCCGUUGGCACCAUAGAGCAGCAGAAUGGUCACUCGUUGGCUGGUAUGCCAGUGCAAAGUCCCCAUCUUAUGCGUCCCAUAUCGCUGCAGUUCCAACGGUCUACUUCAGAGCGGGAUCUACCACAGUAUGGGGAGACAAGCAAUGCCUCCGCUUUGGGUCACAGACGCGCGCACUCAUACGGCGCUCCCAAUGCGUAUCUCUCUAAUCCAGUUGGUAAUAUGACGCCACCGAUUGGUGGGCUCUUACGCACCGCCAGCGCCACAUCGCGCGAGUCCUAUGCAGCUCCCAUCUUCACACGCCAGCCCACUUUACUCUUACGUGCUGAGUCCCAGCGCCGCAAAAAUGAAAUUCAGCAAACAUUAUGUUUGCUGGACUAUCAGGCCUCCAGUCCGGAUGAGAAAGCGCUUGUGGAGGCAUGCGCUUACUUGGGUCUGGUUUACACUGGGGACGAUGAUGAGGUGCUGCGUGUGCGCAUCGUUCCACCACAUCUGGACUAUAAGCGGCCCAUCAACAACAACAAAAAUAAAGAGGAUUGCUUCAAUCGACUGCAUGUGUUAGAGUUUACCUCCGAUCGCAAACGCAUGAGCGUAAUAAUGCGAGACGAUGCUGGCAAAAAGUGGAUCUAUACCAAAGGCGCGGAGAGCUAUGUGUUUCCACUAUGCUCGAACAGCUCGGCGGACAUGGUCUCCAAAACAGACAACCAUAUCAGUGACUUUGCUCGCUUGGGUUUACGCACCCUGGCAAUAGCCAGACGAGAGAUUCCUGAAACGGAGUACGAAGAAUUCAUCACAUCCCUGGCACAGGCUAAUAGCUCACUGGAGAAUCGUAAGCAGCUUUGCGAGGAGUGUUAUUCAAAGAUUGAGAGCAACCUCGACUUACUCGGCGCGACAGCUGUCGAGGAUGCACUUCAGGAUGAUGUGACAGAUACGUUAGUAUCUCUGCAAGCAGCUGGCAUCAAGAUUUGGGUGCUCACUGGCGACAAAGUGGAAACGGCAUUGAACAUUGCCUUGUCCUGCGGCCAUAUUCCGCCUGACGCCAAGAAGUAUAUCAUACUCGAGUGCAAGAGCCGUGACGAUCUGUUGGUUCACUUGAACGUGCUCGAGCGGGAAAUUGUGUUUGGAAUUGGACAAGAGUGCGCCUUGCUUAUCGAUGGCAAGAGCUUGGGCGUUGCUCUAGCUGAGGCACCCAAGGAAUUUCGCAAUGUAGCCGUGAAGUGCACGGCUGUGCUCUGCUGUCGCCUUAGUCCACUGCAGAAGAGCGAGGUGGUGGCGCUUAUCAAGUCAUCCAAUGAGAACUAUAAUACAGCCUCCAUUGGUGAUGGAGCCAACGACGUGUCCAUGAUCCAGGAGGCCCAUGUCGGCAUCGGGAUCAUGGGCCGUGAAGGCCGGCAGGCGGCACGCUGCGCUGACUUCGCUUUUGCCAAGUUUUGUAUGCUGAAGCGUCUGCUUCUAGUCCAUGGCCAUUAUCACAGCGUGCGCCUAUCUUUUCUGGUGCUAUACUUCUUUUACAAGAACAUCGUUUUCAUGGGCAUUAUGUUUCUAUUUCAAUUUCACACGCUCUUUUCCUCAUCGUCGGUUUACGAUUCACUGUUCCUGACCCUUUACAAUGUCAUCUACACGUCCCUGCCCAUUCUCUUUAUAUCCUUAACGGAGAAGCCAUACACCGAGGAGCAGCUUAUGCAAAAUCCGAAACUCUAUAGGAAAAAUACAGACAAUAAGGCGCUUCAUUGGCCCUAUUUCUUGAUGUGGACCGUAUUUGCGAUUUAUCAUGCGGUGGUCAUAUUCUAUUUUGCGUACUGUGUCUUCUCCUUUAACAAUGUCAUACUCAAUGGAGGCCAGACGGCGGCCUUCUCCUGCUUUGGUACGCUGCUUAUCUGGGCUGUGGUGAUCAUAGUAAACCUGAAGCUCUGGCUGGAGUCCAUGUAUCUCUCCUAUUGGUAUAUUGCGACAAUAGUAUUAUCAAUACUUGCAUUUAUGGUUACGACCGUCAUCUACAAUGUUAUCAAUUUGGACUACGAUACGGAUAUUUAUUGGGCGUAUAACAAUCUGCUAGCCUCCCUGCCCAUUUGGUUGUACAUGUUUUUGGUUGUUAUCGCCUCUUUAUUGCCCGAUUUCACGCUGAGAAUGCUCCAGAAAGCUUUUAAAAUAGAGAGAUUUAGCAUAUUUCCCGGCAAACAACGAAAGAUUGAAAUGCGUAAGAAGUUCGAGUCGACCUACUUAUAAUACUUAGAGUUAGUCAAUUUUUUUU